CAAGUUGACAGAUUAUGGAUUCUUGUCUUUGUUGCCAUCUAAAGAAUCCAAAAUAUUAGUAACUGAAGUGAAAUCUAUAAUCUUGUACUAGCAAAUUGUUCUGGUCUUCAAAUUACGUCUUCUGAUUCUGAUUUCUGCACAACAUUACACUUACUCAUAGCUGUUCUAGGAAGUUUAGCAAAAUAGAUAUUGGAAAGUAUAAAACCAGUGUAGCUUAAGUAAAGUGUGCUAUGCCGUGGUAUUAACAAUCUGUCAUGGUCUUUGGACUGCUUGUCUUCCCAACUUGAUUUCUUGUGUAGUACUGCACCUGCGUGUAUAAUUCGACCAUUUUGAUUCUGAAGACUACAUAAUCUGAAGUACAGAUGUUUAGGUCUUUUGACACUUUGAUGUAAACUUGAAACUGUGUAUGAGAACAAGAUGAUAUGCUUAGUUUAUUUACAACAUUGAUUUUGUUAAGGGGCUCCUGCUUCUUUUGAGACACCCAACACUAACGUGAAUCAUAGCCUUAUAUUUUUCAAAAUAACCUAAACUGGAAAUUCUGAAUUUUGAACUUCAACUAUUAUCCUUGCAAUGCACCAUGGUUAAUGUCAAUAAUCUUUGAGUAGCUAAUUCUCAAGAGAAAAUAGUUUACUGAUUCCUUGCUUUGUUUUGUGGUGAAUCAGAUAAUCAGAAACAAAGUAAAGAAAAUAAUAGCAGAUUACUUGGCCGUAUCAGAAUAAUAGUAACAAUAAUAAAAAAAAUAGAAGUGGAUUACACAUCAAUUAUAGUUUGUCAAUGCUUUCAGGCUCUCAAUAGGGGAUUGCAGUAUACUUGGUAUCGUAAUUGUGCUUUUCUUUUUCUUCUGUUUUGGCAGAGAAACCACUUUUGGUGCCUUGCUGGAAGACAUAAUUGAUAAAUCCUAAAGAGACAUGGACCAAGGAGAUGAGAAGGAGGAUAUGCUCCGGAAGCUGGAGAAGAAGUCCAAGAAAAGUAAUAAGAAUGCUGCCACCAGCGGUCUUGGAGGAGAGAGUGAUGGGUGUGAAGUUAAGAAAAAGAAAAAAAGAAAAGGUGGAGAACAUCCUGGAAAGUGCAACAAAGACAAUGAUGAAGAUGUUGUGAAGUAUGUUGAACGAAAGAAAAAUAAUAAGCUAAAGAAAAGCUGCUUGAAUGAACCACCUUUAGACUUCAAAAUUAGUGCUCCUGCAAGUGCAAGUGAAAUGCGGGACAGUGAAAAAGUGGUUGAGACCCUUGGUGAAAUCUCUAGUGGAGACGUUGUGGACGAGAUUAGGAGGAAGAAGAAAUCCAAGAAAAACAUCAAGACUACCAAUGUUGUAGGAGUGGCAAACACUGAUAUUGAAGCUAAGACUGAUGAUUGUGACCUCAAGCGAAAGAAAGAAAAGAAACAUGGAAAACAUUCUGAGAAGUUUAAUGAAGACAGCGAUGAGGUUGCUUUGAGAAUUGUUGAAGGAAAGAAGAGUAGGAAGUUGAAGAAAAGCCGCGUGGCUGAGCAGGAGAAAAUGCAUGAUACUGAGGAUGUACAGGAAGAUAUUGUUGCUGAAGUCGACGAAGGUGAUAUUUCUUCGCCUAUCAAGAUUGAAGAAAAAAACAGAACAGACAAUGGGAAUAUUAAAAAGAGGAAAAAGGUAAAAUCAGGACAUAGCUCUGAAGAUCCUACGCAUGAGAUUGAAGAAAAAAACAGAAGAGACAAUGGGAAUAUUAAAAAGAGGAAAAAGGUAAAAUCAGGACACAGCUCUGAAGAUCCUACGCAUGAAAUUGAAGAAGAAAACAGAACAGACAAUGGCAAUAUCAAAAAGAAGAAAAAGGUAAAAUCAGGACACAGCUCCGAAGAUCCUACGCAUGAGAAGAGUGCAAAGAAAGUGAGAUUUUCUGGUCAUGUUCAGAUUUUCCCUUCUUCUGAUGAUCCAAGUGAUGAGAAGCACGAGAUAGAGGAUGAAAAUUUACUGCGUGGCAAGCGAUUCUCAAAGCUAGAAGAUGAAAUUGUCAAAGAGGCUGUUCAUAAAUAUGUAGAUUUACAUAACUUGGGCGAAGAAGGGCUGAAAAAGAUUUUAAAUUCUAGAUCUUAUCCUGAAAUAAAGGGUUGCUGGAAAGAAAUAGGGAGUGCUAUACCAUACAGGCCUUAUACUGCAGUUUAUUAUCGUGCACAGAUCUUGUUUCGAAGGAGUGAAUCACGUAAAUGGACUGAAGAAGAGUAUGAGAUUGUACGAAAAUUCCAGAAAGAGCAUGGGAACAAUUGGAAGGUCUUAGCUGAUGAACUUGGAAAACAUCGGUUUCAUGUGAAGGAUACAUGGCGAAGGAUAAAACGGCCAAAUCAGAAUAAAGGACAAUGGACUCAGGAGGAGUACCAGUCUUUGUUUGAUUUAGUAAACACCGAUCUGAGACUGAGGCUUUCUGAAGAGAAGAGAUCUAAGUAUGGGAUGUUACGGGAUAAUAUUGCAUGGACUGCCAUAAGUGACAAAUUGUCCACGAGAACUGAGGCAAAUUGCUGCUUGAAAUGGUAUGAUCAAUUAACAUCACCCAUGGUGGCCAAAGGUGAAUGGGCGGAUGUUGAUGACUAUCGCCUAGUCGAUGCACUUUUUGAGCUGGACGCAAGCUGCAUAGAAGAUGUGGACUGGGAUAAUCUUCUUGACCACAGGCCUGGAGAGAUAUGUCGAAAGAGAUGGAACCAAAUGGUUCUUCACAUAGGUAAACUUAAAAACAGCUCAUUUGCUGAACAAAUAGAAGUUCUAGCUAAGAGAUACCGCCCGGAUUUCGCCGAAGUAAGAGAGGCUUGGGACAAUAAACCAGUCGUUCCAUGAUAUUGCCGAUCACUCAGCAGGGAUGUGUCUGUAGAGAGUUAGUUUACAGCAACACAUACUAUUGGCAACAACCCCCUUCCCCUCUCCAUUUUAGUAAUUAUUAGUAAAGAAUUUUGUUGACCAUCUAAAAGACAUGAUUUGGAAGAGGUCCAGUAUUGUGUGGUGGAGAGAUCUUCACAGUUUGAUAUUGGACAGUUGUCUGUAGGGCAGGAGAUCAAUCAACUUCAACUGUCAUGAAUCUUAUGUUUCUCUUCCUUUAUCCAAAAUCUUUAUUAUCUGUAA